AUGGACACUGCCACGUUGCGAGGAUUCUUCGACUGUGGAGCCAAGUCCGAGCACGCACGUGGUGGUCACCCUCGUGGUGCACCAGGUCUGCUGAAGAUGCCUGAAAUGGGCGUGGGUGUGGGAGUGGGAGCCACCGCCUCCUCCUCCUUCAGCGCCUACUUCCUUCGCUCUGAUGGUGAUGAUGACAGUGAGCACUCUUCAGCUGCGUCGUCCGAUCAAUUUGACGCCCAUUUAGACGAGAAUGAGGAGGAGUACAGUGAGGACGGCCGCUUUGACGACAUUCCCUUUAAGCUGCUCAGUAUGGGCGGCGGCAGCGAAAGUGGCAGCAGCAGCCCUGAAGUUGAACAUGCUCAGGAUGAGCCAGUGGAUCAGCUCAAAAAGAUGGAGAACUUCUUUGCUUCUGGAUUAAAGAAGCAGACUGAGGUGUUAGCUGCUGUUAGCAGCAAGCAAGGCGACAAACAACUAGGCGCGGGUGACUACGACAGCGAAGCAACCAUCACCACUGAUCGCGAUCAUGUUGAGAUUAAUAAGAAUAAUAAGGAGGAUGAUAAGGAUUACGAAUAUGUUGAGGGCAGCAGCAGCAGCAGCACCAGCCCCAGUGAUGACAGCAGUGAUAGCGAAUACG